AGGAGGAGCAGAAUCUGGUGCUGCUGUGGGUUUCAUUUUAAAUCCAAAAGGGAGACAGCAAGCAACUAUCGCUCUUCACGAGAUCGAAUCUCAAAGCAAAGAUUUGGUUCGGAUCUGAAAUCUCCGCCGUCCGAGAUCCGACGGCCCGAUGAUUCCGACCGCCCGAUCUCUCCCCCUCGUCGCGUGCUCCCUCUUCCUCGUCGCCGCGUUCGCUUCGGAGUCCGAUCACAAGUACCAAGCUGGAGACCCAAUUACACUUUGGGUAAACAAGGUUGGCCCGUACAAUAAUCCUCAAGAAACAUACAACUAUUACCACCUCCCAUUUUGCCAUCCAUCUGAGAACCCUACACACAAAUGGAGUGGGCUUGGGGAGGUCUUGGGUGGAAAUGAGCUGAUUGACAGCCAGAUUGACUUGAAAUACCAAAACAAUGUUGGCAAGGCCUCUAUUUGUACAAUUGAACUUGAUGCUGAAAAAGUGAAGCAGUUUAAGGAUGCGAUAGAUAACUCAUAUUGGUUUGAAUUCUUUAUAGAUGACCUGCCUUUCUGGGGGUUUGUUGGAGAGACUGACAAAAACAAUGAGAAUAAGCACUAUCUUUUCACACACAAGAAUAUUGUCGUUAAAUACAAUGGAGAACAGAUCAUUAACGUCAAUCUCACUCAAGAAAGUCCUAAACUCUUGGAAGCUGGGAAGACAUUGGACAUGACUUACUCAGUUAAAUGGGUGCCAACAGAUAUUAUAUUUGCACGUCGUUUUGAUGUUUACUUGGAUUACCCUUUCUUUGAGCACCAGAUUCACUGGUUUUCCAUCUUCAAUUCUUUCAUGAUGGUCAUUUUCCUAACUGGCCUGGUGUCUAUGAUAUUGAUGAGGACUCUCAGAAAUGACUAUGCCAAGUAUGCUCGGGAAGACGAUGAUCUGGAGACUCUGGAAAGAGAUGUAAGUGAAGAAUCUGGUUGGAAGCUUGUCCAUGGGGAUGUAUUUCGGCCUCCUCGCAACUUAGUUCUUCUUUCAGCUGUUGUUGGUACUGGUUCCCAGCUAGCGUUGCUUGUUCUUCUAGUCAUUUUGGUUGCUAUCGUUGGGAUGUUGUACAUCGGGCGAGGGUCUAUUGUUACAACUUUUAUUGUUUGCUAUGCUCUGACAUCAUUCGUUUCAGGCUAUGUCAGUGGUGGGCUUUAUUCAAGGAGUGGUGGUAAAAGUUGGAUAAAGUCCAUGAUCCUGACAGCAUCCCUAUUCCCGUUUCUGUGCUUUGGAAUUGGUUUUGCAUUGAACACGGUUGCUAUAUUCUAUGGGUCACUAGCAGCUAUUCCUUUCGGAACUAUGGUUGUUGUUUUCGUAAUUUGGGCAUUCAUCUCCUUUCCUCUGGCACUUCUUGGUACCGUUGUUGGCAGGAAUUGGAGCGGAGCUCCAAAUAAUCCUUGCCGUGUCAAGACCAUUCCUCGUCCUAUCCCUGAUAAAAAAUGGUAUCUCACGCCUUCUGUUGUUUCACUCAUGGGAGGACUUCUUCCUUUUGGUAGCAUCUUCAUUGAGAUGUAUUUUGUCUUCACAUCCUUCUGGAAUUACAAGGUGUACUAUGUGUAUGGUUUUAUGUUACUGGUUUUCAUUAUCCUCGUCAUUGUGACUAUUUGUGUAACCGUCGUGGGUACAUAUUUCUUGCUGAAUGCUGAGAACUACCACUGGCAGUGGACUUCAUUUUUCUCUGCCGCUUCUACCGCUGUCUAUGUGUACCUUUACUCUAUUUACUAUUACUAUGUGAAGACCAAAAUGUCUGGUUUCUUCCAAACUAGCUUCUACUUUGGCUACACACUUAUGUUUUGUCUCGGCUUAGGAAUACUUUGCGGUGCUGUGGGUUAUCUGGGCUCUACCUUGUUUGUGAGAAGAAUCUACAGAAACAUCAAAUGUGAUUAGAAUUUAUGGAGGCGAAUACUUUGGCAAGGGCAAUGUUGUGUGAAUGCGAGAUGUUCUAUCGGUGAAAUAUUUCGAUGCUCGACAGCACACAUGGAAGGGUUGUGCUGUCUUCUUUCUACAUUGGAUUUGGAGGUGUUGAAUUAUUUUUUGAUGUAGGUAUUAGCAAAAUACUUUACCCAGUGCAGAAAUAGUGUUAUAUUUACUAUAAGAGGAACACCUAAACCCGCUGUUUAUCUUUAUUUUGGUAUGAUCUUGAAUCGAAAUCUUCAACCCUAACCGGGCUUUGUUUCAAAAAAAAUGGAUAAUUAUGUACCUGUUACUUAUUAUAUACAAGCAGUUGAUUAAUCCAUGUAA